AUGAUAGAGCUGGCAGCGCUCAGUCGGCCUUUCAGCCUCGGGAUGCUGUACGACUGUCGCCAAGACUCCCUGAUCCCUGGCUUGACACUGUGGGACCCUGAUGUCCUGGAGAAGGAUGCACGAGAAAGACCCCAACCCAACAGUGAAUUUGAGAUAGUUGCAUCUGAAUCAUUGGAGAACAAAUUUUCAGCAUUAAAUGUUGAUGCCACCCUGAAGGCAAGUUUCUUUAGUGGGCUGGUACAGGUUGAGGGCUCUGCCAAGUACCUAAAUGACUGUAAGAUUUCCAAAAAUCAGGCCAGAGUGACACUCAAAUACAAAACUACAACCAAGUUCCAGGAGCUGCCAAUGAAGCAUCUUGGAAGUUGCAAGGUAAAACAUGAAAACCUUUUUGAUAAAGGAAUAGCAACACAUGUAGUCACAGGUAUCCUUUAUGGGGCACAAGCCUUCUUUGUAUUUGACCGUGAGGUGUCUGAAAAGGAGGAUCAACAAGACAUUGAGGCCAACCUGAAGGUGAUGAUCAAAAAGAUUCCCUGCCUUGCAAAUGAAGGUAAAGGUUCCCUGCAAAUGAGUGAAACAGACAUUUCAAAAGUUAAAUUCUCCUGCAAAUUCCAUGGUGACUUUAACCUUCAGAGGAAUCCUGUGUCCUUUCAGGAUGCAAAGGAAGUCUACCAGAGUCUUCCAACAUUACUGGGAGCAAAUGGAGAAAAUGCUGUGCCAGUGAAGGUCUGGCUGAUGCCCCUAAAAUUUUUAGAUUCUGCUGCAGCUCAACUUGUCUGUCAGAUAAGUAUUAGAUUAGUAAUGGAGGCACAGAGCAUCCUGGAGGACUUCAGUGAGCUGGAAAUGAGGUGCAAUGAUGCAAUGAAAAACAGCACUACCCAGCAAUUCCCACAGAUUGGGAAAAAGCUGAAAGCUUUUCGGGAACGAUGCUCUGAGUACAAGCUGGAGUUCCAGAGGACCCUGGCAAAGAAACUUCCAUCAAUCCGGGGAGGUGGGGAAGAGGAGGCUGUGCUUGCAGAGGUGCUGGAAAAGAGACAUUCUUCUCCAUUCAACAACAAAAACCUGAGUGAGUGGAUGAGUUGUAAAGAGAGAGAAAUAAACACCUUAAAAUCACUCACUGACAGGAUGAAAAACCUCAAGAUUAUCAAAUCUCAAGAUACACUAGACAAAGAAAUUCUCAGUGCUGAGCAUGCUGUGUGCUUUGCUUUCACCUCACUGGAGGAUGAUGAACCAUACCUCUCAGAUUUAUUAAAAUAUUUAAAGGAAACACCUCCAACAGAGAAUCCUCAAAAAAUCACAUAUCAGACUUAUGAUGUAGAGAAGGCUCAGUGGUACUUUCCACAGGAGGUGAUGGAUGCUGUGAGGCAAAAAGCAAAGUGCUUCAAUGAGUUUGCAAGGAUAAAUAUGAACAAUAAUAUUAGCUUCCUUAUAGCAGGCACAGCAAAUGAGAAAGAGAAAGGUGCAAGCAUCCACCUUUAUAAAGAAGGCUCUUUGGUCAGUGAGAACUUUGAACCUCCUUCAAAGCCUGAAAAACCAGCAGUAAGUGACACAACCCACAACAGUGUGACAGUGAGGAUUUCCCCACCAGGACUCGGAGCAGAAAACAUCACCCACUACUCUGUUGAGUACUAUGAUAGCAGAUAUGUCACGCAGAAAAUGACAGUAUUGACAGCUGGAGAAGUCACAGUGUCCAGUCUGACUCCUAAUACAGAGUACUUUUUCAGAUGCACAGCAGUGUGCUCAGUUGGAAACGGGCCAGUCAGUAAAGACAGUGAUCCCAUUAGAACCUUACCCACUAGUCCUCCUGGGAAACUGCAAAUUGAGUCACAUUCAAGUGAGAUAUCAGUUAGCUGGGAGAACCCUGCUAAGGUUGGUAACGGUGUCAACAUUUUGAGUUACAUUGUAGAGUAUGCAAAAACAGCUCCUGGGGUGAAACAUGAAGCACUUGAAUGGAACCAAAUGAAGUCAAGAGCUAAAGAGGCCAUCAUAUCUGGGCUUCAGCCAGAGACAGAGUACGCUGUCAGGGAGCUGCUGAUCUAG